AUGGAGCAAGUAACCGGAUACGCCAGUGAUGAUUCCGGUAGCGAUAAUGGAUCCUCGUCAUUAAAUGCGAACCAACCUCCCGGAGACAACUAUAUGAGUCAGGAUGAAUCGUACAGUGGUAAUAUAAAUGCUAAUGGUGACAAUGAGCGUAAUAAUAUAGAUGAUGACAAUGCCGAGAGCGAGGUCGAUGCAUCUCGUAGUGGGAGCGGUUGCCAAGGAGGUAUUGAUGGUCCUAGCGGGAACGAUGAGCACAGCGAUGAUGAUCAGUUUGACCUUGAUAUGUCCUAUGAUGAAUAUCAGCAAGAGUCACUUGAUAGGCAUUGGGCAGUGAUGGUAAAGACAUUCAGGUCAUUAGACGAGGUGUACACGUUCUACAACAAGCACGCGAGAGAACGUGGGUUCAGCAUCAGGAAGGACUCGCUAAAACAUUCAAAGGAUCGCGCAAGGACUGUGCGCUUGAGGAGUUUCUCCGAUGAUCACAGCCACACUCUUGCACGACCGGACGAAGUCCCUUUCCUCCGAUCUCAUAAUCAGAUCAAAGCAUUUGAGAGAGCUGAGAUCUUAGCUAUGGCUGGAGCUGGGAUAAGAAAACAUAUCAUUUUUGACAACGUUGUUAGCAGGUAUGGGUCCUAUGCAAAGUCACCGUUUCAGAGGACAAAGCUGUAUAACAUGUGCUAUAGGGAGAAGAUGAAAUUGCUUGCACAAGGUGAUGCUGAUACUUCCAUAGGAAUCAUGUUGACCAGAAAGGACAGAGAUCCAGACUUCUUCUUUGAGCACACAGUUGACGCUGAAGGCAGGCUCCAAAACCUGUUCUGGUGUGAUUCGCAGUCACGCCGGGAUUAUCUAGACUAUGGUGAUGUUGUCGUCUUCGACAACACAUACAAGAUGAACAGGUAUGGAAUGCCGUUCAUCCCUUUUGUGGGUCUGAACAACCACCGUUGCACUACGGUAUUCGCCUGCGCCAUUGUUUCGGACGAGACUGAGGCUACAUAUGUUUGGUUGCUUAACACGUUCUUGAAAGCUAACUGUCAGAAGAGGCCCAAAUCUGUAAUUACCGAUGGAGAUGCAGCGAUGAUAAGGGCUAUCAGGAAGGUGCUUUCUGACGUGUGGCAUCGUCUAUGUUCAUGGCAUAUUGAAAAGAAUAUGCAGAAACACCUCAACCACAAGUCAUUGAAGGAGUUCAGGGCAUUAUUGUACUAUGCCACUACAUAUAAGGUUUUUGAGGAGAGAUGGACCGCUAAUCAGAGGAGUGAGAGUCUGAACUCCAGCCUGCACCUUCAUCUUGACUAUGGUAUGACGAUCGUUGACAUGAUUGUACACUACGAGAAUUGUAUUGUUCGCCUCCGUGAGAAUGAAGCUUAUGAUGACUACACGGCCUCAUAG